AAUUUCGGAUGAAUAUUUUCAAAUUUUUGACAUCUAAUUGUUUGGUUCUGUCAUUGAAUAUCAAAUUGAAUAAUCAUAUGCCUUCUAAUUUAUUUCUUUACUUAAUAGGUAUUCACAAGUUGACUGCUCCUACUGGUGGUUGGUCGUAACAUAGGAGCUGGAUAUAAAGGAAUCUGGUGAAAAUGGCAACUGUUGAACUUGAUCCUGUGUUUGUGAAGGCAUUGAAAUUGCUGCAUUCCAAGAGUCGAGAUUCCGCUGAUCAACUCUGCCAGUUGUUGGAUGAAGCAAUAGCCCAGAGAAAAGGCCAAAAGUCAACAUCACUCUCAUCAGAGUCCAAGACUUCAAAUAAAUCAACACUGAAGCAUCAAGAGGAAGACAAAUUGAAAAAGAGAGAAUCUGAGAAAAGAUCACUAGACAAGUUGAAGAAGGAGUUGGCAGAUUUAUCAGACGAAGUGCCGGUGAAGAAAGCACGUCGUGACUCGCCGCAAACUGUGAUGAAGGUGAAGGAAGAAGAGACAUCUCAGGAGACGAGAAAGGAAGAGAAAUCAUCAAAGGACCGUGACAAAGAGAGGAGGAAAGAAGCAGAGAGAAAGGCAAAGAUAGAGAAGGAGGAAAAGGAACGACAGGAAAAAUCAGAUGACAGUGAGGAUGAAGAGAAGAGUAUCGAUGCAGAUGACUUUGCGUUUGAUCUGGGAAUUGCUUGUGUUGUGUGCAAGGGCUUUGAUGUGACAUCUGGAAAUCAGCUGGUGGAAUGUCAGGAAUGCCAUAAUCUUUACCAUCAGGAAUGUCACAAACCAGCAGUGACAGAGCAGGAUGUCAAUGAUCCUCGGUUUGUAUGGUACUGUACCAGGUGUACGAAGACUAUGAAGAAGAUGGCAUCUGCCUCCAAGCCGGUGAAGAGUAAGUCAUCCUCAUCAUCGUCGUCAUCGUCUUCUUCAUCCGUGCUGUCCUCUACCAGGGAAACUUCUAGUAUGAGCACCUCCAGUAGCAGUAGCAGUUCCAGCAGCAAGAACACCAAGCCCGACCCUUCUACACUCUUUAGCUUCCGCAGGGUUGAAUCAAAGCAGUCAUCAAGCUCCAAAGACCAAACCAGUAGCUCAGGGAAUCGUCCACUCAGUGGCCUGGCAAGUCUGGCAGCAAACCUUUCAGGAAAAAGUGAUCAAAUUAAGUCUAUCAGUAGCAGCAGCAGCAGUCGGUCCGAGUCUACUUCCAAGUCCUCUGUAAAAUCAGAGUCUUCUAAAAGUAGCUCUAAACAUGACCACACAAAGAAAUCGUCCAGCAAGAGCAAGUCGUCUGAGCCUGCUGUAAAACCAGGUGGAAUAAAACUGGGUAUAGACAUAUUUAAGAAUUAACCAACCAAAGCUGAACCUGUAAAAUCCAGUACUAAGUCCAGUUCGUCCAGCAAUAGUACUAGUAGUAGUAGUAGCAGCUGCAGCAGCAGCAAGCAGAGUUCUGGUGGAUCAACAUCCGCAGUCAACGCUGACAAGAGAUUACAAAUGAUGAAGAAGAAGGCAGCAGCUAAACUGCAGGAGAAACGUUCUUCUUUGAGAUGAGAAAAAAACAAUAACAGUAAAUGUAUAGGAGAAUUUGUAAUGGAUAAACAAAAAUAAUAUGUACCAGUCUUUAUAUGUGCAAUAUCCCAUAUAUGCUCUAAUAAGAUUCUCAUAAUCACAUGUCACAAUUCGACUUGUCUGCUGUAAAAUCUGUGGAUUUAGACUUAAUGUUACAGAUAAUCAAAUGAGAUUUGUCUGUUACACAGAUUUACAAGCUAUGCUUUCUCUUUAUACCAGAAUUUGGACUUUGCUAGUAAAAUAUCUACCGAGAUCUGAUUGGGCAAACAAAAUGGCGAACAGGUGACCAUUUGAGGAUUGUUAUCGCUGCUUCUAGAAAAGUAUUGGAUGGAUAUUUCUCAAACUUCACAUGCUGGUUUCCCUUGAUCCCUAGUUGUGCCCAUUCAAUUUGAGUCUGAUUGGGAAAACAAGAUGGCCAACAGGUGGCCAUCCUGGGGUUUUUGACAGUUGUGUUUCUUAUUGCUAUUUCUUAAAAUGUAUUGGCAGGAUAUGUCUAAAACUUUGCAUGUAGGCUCUCCCUGGUCCCUAGUUGUGCCCAUUUAAUUCUGAGUGUGAUAUAUAAUACAAAAUGGCCGACAGGCAGCUGUCUUUGAUUUUGACAGUUGAAGUUUGUUAUCAGAAUUUCUUGGAAAGUACUGGAGGGAUAUUUCUUAAUCUUCACAUGUAGAUAUCCCUUUGUCUGUAGUUGUUUACUUAUGUUCAUUCAAUAAUGAGUCUGAUGGGGAAAACAAAAUGGCCAAAAGAAGUCAUCUUUGAUUUUAACAGUUGAAAUUUGUUAUCAAUACAUUUUAGAAAGUUCAUCCUAGAUCUUUCUUAGCUACAGUGUAUCUUGAUAUAGAGGAAAGUGGAGUAAAAACCAGUCUUUUAUAAGAAUGAUAAAGAUAAUUGAAUGGUGGGUACUAAGAUUCCUCUGGGAUCUCUUUAUGAUAUAUAGAACAGUUCUUAGUUAGCCAUCGCUUUACCAUUAUAAUUCCUCCUGUGCUUGCCUAGGUCCCCUUGUGGAAUAUGUAUUAGAUUUAAAUAACCAUCAAGUUUAAAUGUUUUUGCUGAAACUACAGGUGGGUUUUGGUGGAAUAUACUGGGGAUGUAUAUUAUGUUGAAUGUUAAUAAAUACAAUAACAAAAAUCUG